AUGUCUUCCUCACCAGACUUCAAGGGAUGGGUCGCCCAUGACCCCUCCGCCGCCGAUGGCAACAUGCAAUGGGGUGACUACACCCCCAAGAAGUUCGAGUCUACCGACAUCGAGAUGGAGAUCAGCCACUGCGGUGUCUGCGGCUCCGACAUCCACACUCUCCGCUCCGGCUGGGGCCCCUCAGACUACCCCCUCGUCGUCGGUCACGAGAUCAUCGGAAAGGUCACCCGCGUAGGAGACGAUGUCAAGGACCUCAAGGUCGGUGACCGCGUUGGUGUUGGUGCUCAGAGCGACUGCUGCGAGGGCUGCAGGCCCUGCAAGACCAAGCAGGAGAGCAACUGCAACAACUUCGUCAUGACCUACAACGCCAAGUACAGCACCGGCGACAAGGCCAUGGGUGGUUACGCUAAGAACUGGCGUGGACCUGCCGCUUUCGCCAUCCCCAUCCCCGAGGGUCUUCCUUCAGAGUUCGCCGCCCCUCUCAUGUGCGGUGGUGUAACCGUCUACAACCCUCUCGUCUCGUACGGUGCCGGCCCAGGAAAGCGUGUCGGUGUUGUCGGUAUCGGUGGUCUCGGUCACUUCGCCCUCCUCUUCGCGAAGGCUCUCGGAUGCGACGAGGUCGUUGCCAUCUCCCGUUCCUCCAGCAAGAAGGCCGACGCUCUCGAGCUCGGUGCUGACAAGUUCAUCGCUACCGGCGAGGACCCCGACUGGAUGAACAAGAACGCCGCCGGCCUCGACAUCAUCAUCUCCACCAUCUCCGGUGGUUUCCCUCUCGACCAGUACCUCAACCUCCUCGACGUCAACGGUACUUUCGUUCAGCUCGGUGCCCCCGACGACCCAUUGCCCUCUUUCUCCCCCAUGGGCCUCAUCUUCAAGAACUUGAAGAUCGCUGGUAGCUUGAUCGGUACCAGGCAGCACAUCCGCGACAUGUUGGAGUUGGCCAAGAAGACCAACCUCAAGGCUUGGGUUCAGGUCAGGCCUAUGUCCGAGGCCAACGAUGUUAUCGUUGACUUCGAGAAGGGCCUUCCCAGGUACCGUUACGUGCUCAAGAACUAG